UCAAGCACAGCAACAUUUUCUGUAACGAUGAAUCUUUUGAGGGCCCUUCCUGCACUUCUGUCCCUGGCGUUUGCACAAGAGUCCGAGGAGGCACAGGGGCCACCGGACUUUGACGAGCUCAUGUCGCAGGUGGACACGGAUAAGGAUGGCAAAAUGUCUUGGUCGGAAGUGCUGGACAUUUUUGAAGGUCCGGAGCAUGUGGAGCAGCAGUACAUGGAGGCCUUUGCCGAGUGCGAUAAGGACGAUGAUCUGCUCAUCAGCCGAGAGGAACUGCCGACCUUCUUCGACAAGAUGCAUUCCAUACUUCAGGAAGAGGACAAAAAGAUGGGAACAAAACCAUCAGGAAAGGAGGAUCUGUAAAUUUGGCGGAAAAAAAGCCGCUCCAAAAUAGGCAGACAGCCAAGACCAAGUGACCAAAAUAGACAAAAGUGGAUCUGUGGUUAAAAGAUGUUA